CCCGCGAGGAGGAGGAGCCGCCUCCGCCGCAUCAAAGAGACCGAAUUCCCGCGGCCUGGGGGGGAGUCAUGCUUGGCGGUCUGUAAUGUCAGCAGAACAGGAGAAGGAUCCCAUUUCGCUGAAGAGAGUUCGAGAUUUUCCUAUUCUGAGCAUUUCUUAUGAAUGGAAUCAUAAGGUGGUGAUAGUGGACUGGAUGGGUUAGGAGGACCAGGUGUGCAACUAGGAAGCCCAGACAAGAAAAAACGCAAGGCGAAUACACAGGUGAAGAGUUGGAGUAAGGAAGACCAUCACAGUGGUAACUGGAGAAGAGAAUUCCAGUCUAAGGCUUUUCUUAAGUAGAUGUGGGUCUACUUUUCGGAAAUUCUCGUAGCAUGAGUGGACGAAAAUAACUCCCAGGAAGCCGCCUAACAGCACAGUCCCGGAGCGCCCGAUAGUCAACCGAUGACAGAGUGCGCCCGGGGCACGCUGGGAGCCUGGGGCGCCCGGCCUGGCCUGACCCGGAAGGAGUGACGCGUGGUAACCCCAGCUUCCCUAGCAACCGAGGAGUCGCCGGCAGCAACCCGCCAACCCUUCCGCUCCUGUCACUCCCGGGAUGCCGCUGCAAGUUAGCAAUUACAGCUGGCAGCAGACCAAGACUGCGGUGUUCCUCUCCCUGCCCCUUCGAGGCGUCUGUGUCAGAGACGCGGACGUGUUCUGCACGGAAAACUACCUCAAGGUGAACUUUCCUCCAUUUUUAUUUGAGGCAUUUCUCUAUGCUCCCGUAGACGAUGCGAGCAGCAAAGCAAAGAUUGGGAAUGACACUAUUGAUUUCACCUUGUAUAAAAAAGAAGCGGUCAUGUGGGAGACCCUCUCUGUGUCAGUUGACAAAGAGAUGAUGCAGAGAAUAAGAGAAAAUUCUAUUUUACAAGCACAGGAGAAAGCAAAAGAGGCUACAGAGGCAAAGGCUACAGCAAAGCGAGAAGAUCAAAAAUAUACACUAAAUGUUAUGAUGAAGAUUGAAGAAGAAGAGAGGAAGAAAAUAGAAGAUAUGAAAGAAAAUGAACGAAGAAAAGCAACUAAAGAAUUGGAAGCCUGGAAAGAAUGUCAAAGAAAAGCUGAAGAACGAAAAAGAAUUCAGAAAGAAAAGAAAUUACAUCAACAAGAAAAGCAAACUGAAGAAGAAAGAAAAAAAUUAAAACAUAAAAAUCUCACUAAAAAUUCAGCAUCUAGAAAUCUUGCCACAAAAGGGAGAAAUUCAGAAAAUAUAUUUUUUGCAAAGUUAAAGGAAGACUGUAUUCCUGCUCCUCGCUCUGUUGGAAAUAUUAAAAUAAACUUCACUCCUCGUGUAUUCCCAACUGCACUCCGUGAAUCUAAAGUAGCAGAAGAAGAGGAGUGGCUACACAAACAAGCUGAGGCACGAAGAGCAAUGAAUACUGAUAUCCCUGAAUUUUGUGAUUUAAAAGAAGACGAAAAGAACCCAGAAUGGUUGAAGGAAAAAGGAAACAAAUUGUUUGCAACAGAAGACUAUUUGGCAGCUAUUAAUGCAUACAAUUUAGCCAUAAGACUGAAUAACAAGAUUCCUCUAUUAUAUUUGAAUCGGGCUGCUUGCCAUCUAAAACUAAAAAACUUACAUAAGGCCAUUGAAGAUUCUUCUAAGGCUCUGGAAUUAUUGACACCACAUGUUGCAGACAAUGCUAAUGCAAGAAUGAAGGCACAUGUACGACGUGGAACAGCAUUCUGUCAACUGGAAUUGUAUGUAGAAGGCCUACAGGAUUAUGAAGCUGCACUUAAGAUUGAUCCAGCUAACAAAAUUGUGCAAAACGAUGCUGAGAAGAUUCGGAAUGUAAUUCAAGGAACAGAAUUAAAAUCUUAAUGACUACUAGAAGCAACUAGGUACUAGUACUAGGUAUUAUUUUAUGUUUUUCAAAAAUAACUGGAGACAUUAGAACUAUUUGUACAUAUUAUGACUGAUUGUGCAUACUCUUUAGUACUCUUUGUAAAGAGGGGAACAUAGUACAAAUCUACAGAAAAAAAUGUUUGAAUCAUUUCUAAAUAAGUAAAUCAAAAUAAUAAUCUGCUUUAAUAGUUGCUUCCUCAUAUUAGCAUGCAUAUUAUACUUUUUUAAAACCAAAUUACACUUGCUCUUCUAACAAAAUUGUUGGUGUGGUAGAACAAGGUAGAAUUUGUUUUAAAAAGAUUGUGUUUAUGCAGUAUUUUUGUUGUUGUUGUUGUUGUUAAAUAUACUAUUUCAUUGUCUGAAUGACUGACUUUGGUGUAAUAAAUAUUAACAGGUUUUUAGUUAAUUUCCAAAGCACAUAAACUUAUUUUUCUUUAAUACUUUACUACCUGUUGUUUGAGGUUAGGCUUAUUCAGCCUUUUAAAACAACUACAUGAAAAACAUAUUUUCAACGUUAGUUACAGGCUGUUGUCAAAAAAAUUACAAGAGAUUUAGCUUACAGAUCUUGAUUGGCUUUGUUUUGUACUUCCAGUGUUGUUCCAAUUGGACAACACUUCAUUCCUUAAAAUAGAAUGAGUGUUUUUGUGGGCUGAGCAGAAGAGGUUGGUUUUAUAAGCACAGAAGAACUAAACAAAGCAAAAACAGAGAACAAAGUUAUCUUCCUUGUGAAGUGGGGACAGGGAUACAAAACAAUAGGAAAGUAAGAUUGGUUAUCAUCUUAUUGUUUCAGGUUACUGGUUUUGUUACUGAAAGCUUGGUCCUUGUCCUGGAUAACAAUCCAAUAACAAGGACAUGGUUUUGAGAAAAAGGAAAAAGGAGU